CUUUUGUAGUUCGUGUUAAUCUGCUUAAUGUGUUGAUUAAUCAUCUACUACACGUUCACUGUUUUAUUGGUUUCGCGGACUUUUGGGCUCGUGACCUUAGGCGCUGCAAAACUUUUAACAGGAAUGAUGGCCUCGUCUGUCGUUAGAGUCCUGUCGGAUAUAUCCGCUGAGCUGUCACUUUCAGGAAAGGAUAGGCUGUUUUUGCAUGAGAUCAUGCUUGGCACUUUCUUUGGUCAGAAAUACAUAAAGUGCAAGGUUAACACCAAGUAUGCCAUCUAUUCAUCUCCAACAACCAAGAGGAUCAAACUGAUUCUUGAGGAAGCGGAGGAUGAAGGUGGUAAGGGUUCUCAACCCCCAGCCAGGAUCAGUAUCUUCCUAAACGGUGACUUUGCAGAGGAAUUCAACGAGGUCGAUGUUUUGGAUACUGUUGUAAUAUCCCAGGCAAUAAUAAGUAAAUCACCCCACUUCCGGAGAGAUGGUAUCCACCCGUGCAUUAUCGACGUUGACAUCGCCAAGAGUAAGCCAUCAGUAUGGGUGAUACCCUUCAAAAAACGAAAGCCCACCCAACAAGUGGGUAAUAACCCCCAGAGACCCCGUUUAUUUCCAGAAGCGACAACCGCCGAGACAAACGUGACAACGUCUCCAACUAGCCGUAUGUCAGCUGUCACAGUGCAGAAAAAGGUGAUGACAAUGACAGAGACAGCAGUGGCAGGGACAUCAGUGGCAGGGACAUCAGUGGCAGGGACAUCAGUGGCAGGGACAUCAGUGGCAGGGACAUCAGUGGCAGGGACAUCAGUGGCAGUGCCAAAAGGCCCGCCCUUGCAGGUUGUGUCCUUCAAAACACGAAAGCCCCCCCAACAAGUGGGUAAUCACCCACGGAGUCCGAGACCCCGUUUAUUUCCAGAAGCGACAACCGGCAACAAAGACAUGACAACGCUUCCAACCAGGGGGCUCCGUAUGUCAGCUGUCACAGGCACAGUGCAGAAACAGGUGACGACAAUAACAUCAGUGGCAGGGACAUCACUGCCAGUGACAUCAGUGGCAAGGACAUCAGUGGCAGGGACAUCAGUGGCAGGGACAUCAGUGGCAGGGACAUCACUGCCAGUGACAUCACUGCCAGUGACAUCAGUGGCAAGGACAUCAGUGGCAGGGACAUCGGUGGCAGGUACAUCAGUGGCAGGGACAUCAGUGGCAGGAACAUCAAUGGCAGGGACAUCAGUGGCAGGGACAUCAGUGGCAGGGACAUCAGUGGCAGGGACAUCAGUGGCAGGGACAUCAGUGGCAGGGACAUCAGUGGCAGGGACAUCAGUGGCAGGGACAUCAGUGGCAGGGACAUCAGUGGCAGGGACAUCAGUGGCAGUGCCAAAAGGCCCGCCCUUACAGCCGAGGUACACCUACACCCUUCUAAAGGACCUUAAGGUCAAUUCAGAGGUUAAUGUGUUUGGGGUCGUCAAGUUCUUCAAGCCACCCUAUAAGACGCGAGGACCUGACUACUGUAUGACUGUCACACUGAUUGACCCUAGUCUCGACAAGGACCACCGCGGAAUCAGGUGCCAGCUAUUCCGCACUGAACUUGAUGCACUACCCAAGAUCCACUCAAUCGGUGACAUAGUGCGCUUCCAUCACCUGAACAUAGAAGAAUUCAAUGGCAAUAUGCAGGGGCAGCUGGGCGACAGCUUUGUGGGCCUUGUUUUCAGUGGGGGUGCUGAUGAGCCUCUUGAGCCCAGAACAUCCACCACAAACUUCAACUUGACAGAGGAAGACUUACAAAGGGUGAAGGAUCUGAGGCUGUGGGCAGCCCGCUGCACCCUCCUGGCCCUCGAUAACUCCUACCGUACGUUGGAUAAGAUUUAUUCCAACCAGUACUUCGAUCUGGCCUGCCAGGUUAUUUCUGUGGCCACCCUAACCGCAGAGUCAUGCAUCGUACUAAGCAUCUGGGACGGGACCAAGAUUAGAGGACUCACCCGAGUAAUGGACCUAAGCCAGGCAGUUGAUGAGAAGAAAAAUGCCACUCUUGCUUGCCGAGCAGGAGAUCUCAGCGUCGAUAUAUCCUUAUAUGACGAUCAUAUGGAGGCGGGGAAGUUGCUGGAGCCUGGCCAGGUAGUGAAGCUGUGCAACGUUCACGCAGUAAGCUGGCGGGAACCAGGAGCAGAGGAGGACAAGGGUACCAUCGAGCUAGUUCUUCACCGUGGGACCGCCUACGGGCGUGGGGUCAUCCUUGGACCGGGAAAAGAGAAACAGGUCAAGGACAUGGUCAGGAGAACUGAUGAUAUUUUUAAAAACUUACAUCGGCGCAGAGUUGAAUCUGCCAUCCGGCCUACACCAAAUCCCUUGACACAAGAUACCACACCCGCUGACCCUCCAGAUCAGACUUCUAGUGCAGCUACUACAUCUCAACAGUCGACACAAGGUCCAAGGCAAGCCAGAACAAAGUGGCGCAUGUACGAGAUCUCAAAACGCCUCGAACAGAUCACGGCUUCUGCCGUCCAGUCGGCAAGUUUAUAUAGGCCAAGGCAAGAAGUGAGAACUCCUGAAACUCUAAGCAUCAUGCCACGAUCUGUGUCAGUGAUAAACUACCCCUUCAAUUAUAAGGUAACAAGACUUCGAGAUGUCAUCAAGGCAGACUCGCCUAACAACUUCCGCAUCCGAGCCAAAGUGGCUGUCUAUCUCCCCAAUGACACCAUAGAUUUUGUCCAUCUGCGCUGCUCCGUCUGUAAAUUCAGAUGCAAGGUACCGACAACCAAAAAGACCGAACCAACACAAUCCAAACGUCCUUCAGACAAAAGCAAAUCUAGGAAAGAGAGGUUUAGUCAGAGAACCCGCUCUCAGGAAGGUGAUGGAUUGGCAGACAGCGGGGGAAGCCAGACAGCCAAGAAGUGUCCCACUUCAGUGAAUAAAUGCCCCGCUUCAGAGAGUACCACCCAGAGUGAGAAUCUCCCAGGGGCGGCCAUGUCGACAUCGGAAUCCGAAAAGAGAAGGAAGAAGAUCCAAGGGGAAGUUGGUCAAAUGACGCUGGAUGAAGCAGUGCUGCUGAACCAUCGGGUAAAGACUUUGCUGGGUCAUGCAAACCUGCCGACUGGACAUGCUAGCGAAGGGACUGACUGCCAAGGUGACCAAGUGGACUACGCCUGCCCCAAGUGUGUUCCCAUUGAUGACGAUAACCCACAAGCAGAUGUUCCAGAUGCUUCUACGUUGCUUCAGUACAGGUACUCCUUUAGUCUAAUUCUAGAUGACAGCACAGGUUCAAUUGAGGUCAACGUGGAUGGCAAGCAAUCGGAAACGUUCUUCUACGGGAUACCAGUGAACAAUCUCCACACAUCCCAACGCACCAAGUUCAUGCUGGAUGACGCGAUGGCCAAACUCUGCCCGUUCCCAUUUGGGCAGGGCUAUGACAGCCCAGAUGAGGAUACAACCACAGCUAUAGGUGACCUUAUUACCCAUCCAUGGCUUGAUUGCUACAUUCAGUCCUACAUAGUCCUCAUGGAUAACCAAGAAGUCGUCAAGUAUAACAUCUUCUUCACUGCUUUGGCUGAGGAUGUCAAGUAAGAUUUGGGUGGUUUUUGUUUUUGCUUAGGAAAGAAUGAAGCAAGUGAUGGCCAAACUCUGCCCAUUCCCAAUGGGGCAGGGCUAUGACAGCCCAGUUAAGAACACAAUAGAGAUAUAUGAACCAUCCAUAGUUCGAUUGCUGCAUUUUGUCCUACCAAGUCCACAUGGGUUAUGAAGAGGUCGUCAAAUAUCAUAUGUUUGAUACUUCUUUGGUUGUCUAGUAAUAUUCAGGUUUUUGUUCUUGCUGGGUUGGGAAGGGUCUCUGGAGAGCUUCUUUCCAAGUUCCUAGAUUGUUCAGAGAAUCUUAGGCCGAGUUUGAAUUGAUGGCUAGUGCUACAUGCGUUGAGGUAUGAGACGUUCUUACCACCCUGUAGCAGGGGUGUUUUCGCAGCCGGAACCAGAA